AUGCCUUUCUCAACUUAUUUCCAGGGUUCAGGCCCCUCAAUGCGGGACACCAUUGCUAUUUCCAACCCCACAGUUGAACACUGUGUAAUACCUGCUUCCCUUCUCAAUCUCAUUUCUACCUUCGACGCCUGUGUUCGAGCUGAGGGAGGUGGGAAUAUUGAUGAAGAUGAUUCCGACACUGAGGUUUCCCAGCCGAUACUCAAGGACAUCGACUUUCGGCUCCUACGGGUUCCCACGCCUGAGGUGCUCUGCGUAAACGGGAGCCGCGUUGGCCGAGCGUGGACAGGCUCGGCUGUCCCGAAAAACAUUUUCUUUUCAUCCCUAUAA